UUCCAUUUCCAUGAUCAAUCAGGCAUAGCAUACCUUGGUUUUGCAUCUCUCUCUGGUUCUCUCCACCUCACAACUUUCUUUUCACACGUCAAACAAUGGUUAUGGAAAUCUUUCUCACCUCUUUCGUUGAGGUUCUGUUUGAGAAGUUGCUGUCCCAUGAUCUGUGGGACUUUGCAAAGAGGGAGCGGAUUCACACCCUGCUGAUGAAAUGGAGUAGAAUGUUGGAAGAAAUAGGGGCCGUGCUUGCAGACGCUGAGGAGAAGCAAAUGACUGAUCGAUGGGGGGUCAAAUUGUGGCUGGAGGAUCUCGAGGACUUGGCUUACGAUCUCGAUGACGUACUGGAUGAGUUCUCCACUGAAGCUUUGCGGCAAAAGGUGAUGGAAGAGCCUCGAGCUAGAACAAGCAAGGUAUGUGCCUUCGUACCUAGUUGCUUUACGAGUUUCAAUCCAAGCACCCUAGUGUCUGAUUUUAGGAUGAGGUCCCAGAUAAAUGAUAUCACGACCAGGUUGAACGAUCUUUUUGAUCGUAGAGCGAGGCUUGGCUUGCAUAUUGUUGAUGCCGGGCCAUCUGCUAAAGCUCCACAAAGGCCACCCACUUCAUCUUUGGUUCAUGAACCUUGUUUAUAUGGUAGGAAUGGGGAUAAAACGAAAAUACUAGAGGUGCUCCUGAGUGACCAGUCGAGUAAUGAAAAAGUUAGAGUAGUCCCGAUUGUGGGUAUGGGUGGGGUCGGUAAGACCACCCUUGCUCAAGAUGUCUACAAUGAUGAAAUGGUGGGGAAAUAUUUUGAGAUGAAAGCCUGGGUUUGCGUAUCUGAAGUUUUCGAGAUUGUGGCCGUGACAAAAGCAAUUCUUGAGUCCAUCACGUCCCAGACUUGCCAUUUUAAUGCAUUGGAUCAAAUUCAAGUUCAACUAAAGAAGGCUUUGACGGGGAAGAAGUUCUUGAUUGUUCUAGAUGAUGUCUGGAACAAAAACCAUGGUGAUUGGAUCAAUUUAAAGAGCCCUUUUAGUGAUGGAGCCUCAGGAAGUAAAGUCAUGGUAACAACACGUAAUAGGGAUGUUGCAGUGAUGAUGGCCGGAAUAGAUAAAUUUCAUUCCUUGAAGCAACUAUCAGAGGAUGAUUGUUGGUCAGUGUUUGCACAACAUGCGUUUGAGAAUAGAAGUACAGACGAAAGUCCAAAUUUGGUUUCAAUUGGUCGAAAAAUUGUGAAAAAAUGUGGAGGAUUGCCUUUGGCUGCAAGAACACUCGGUGGCCUUCUACGGUGUAAAUUGAGAGAUAAUGAAUGGGAAGAAGUAUUGAAUAGCAAGAUGUGGGAGUUAUUAGAUGAGGAAAGUGACAUUCUUCCAGCACUAAGAUUAAGCUACUAUCACCUCCCUUCACACUUAAAAAAGUGUUUUGGAUAUUGUUCUAUACUGCCUAAGGAUUACGAAUUUGAGGAGAAGGAACUAAUUUUCUUGUGGAUGGCGGAAGGCUUAAUUCAAAAGCCCACGGGAAAAAAGCAAAUGGAAGAUCUUGGAUGUGAGUACUUCCAUGAUUUGUCAUCGAGGUCAUUUUUCCAGCCGUCAAGUAGUGGUAGAGCCUCACUAUUUGUUAUGCAUGACCUAAUCAACGAUUUGGCUCAGUCUGUUGCAAGAAGAACUUGUUUUAGGGUGGAGGAGAAGCUUGAAGACAAUGAGGGGGACAAAAUUAUCACUAAGGCUCGCCAUUCAUCCUACACACGUGACUAUCGUGAUGGCAUACAAAAGUUUGAGGCCUUCCAAAAAGCUAAAAAUCUGCGAUCGUUUUUACCAUUUGGAUCCAGAUAUCAAGUUGAUUCCUACUUGACCCACGAUGUUCCCCUCCAUCUAUUGCCGAAACUUAGACGUUUACGCGUGCUCAGUUUGAGAGGUUAUAAAAUAGCUGAACUUUUGAGUUCGAUUGGAAAUUUGAAACAUGUUAGGUUCCUUGACCUUUCAUGUGCAUUGAUUGCCACAUUACCGGAAUCAAUAUGCACUUUGUACAACCUCCAAACACUAAUAUUGAGGGAUUGUAAAAAUCUCAGCAAGUUGCCUUUAUACACAAGUAACCUUAUUAACUUGCGUCAUCUUGAUGUUACUGGUGCAAAUUCCUUGCAAGAAAUGCCACCAAAAAUAGGUAACUUGACAAGUCUCCAAACAUUAUCAAACUUCAUUGUUGGCAAAGAUAUUCGGUCUAUGAUAAAUCAGCUGGGCAACUUGAUUCAUCUUAGAGGGACACUUUGCAUAUCGGGGUUGGAGACUGUAACAGAUGCUUUGGAUGCCAAGAGGGCCAAGUUGAAGGAUAAGCAAGGCUUAGAUGAGCUAUUGUUGAAUUGGAGUUACAACUCCGAAAAUUCUAGUAAUGGAAGUGCUGAUUCAGAAAUCCUUGACAUGCUAGAACCUCACAAGAAGUUAAAAGUACUUACUUUUAGCGGUUACCAAGGCCUAAAAUUUCCGACUUGGGUGGGAAAUUCUUUGUUCUCUAAUAUGGUCUCCUUGAAGUUCCAAAAUUGUAACAAAUGCACUUCCUUCGCACCUCUGGGGCAGCUACCCUCACUUGGAACACUUCAAAUUGCAGGGAUGCAAGCAUUAGAGAAUGUUGGACUUGAGUUCUAUGGGUCGGGCUGCUCAAAUCCUUUUCCAACUCUAUGGAGAUUAACCUUCGAGGACAUGCCCAAAUGGAAAUACUGGUCUCCUUUUGAAGUCGAGGAGGAAGCUCAAGCAUUUUCUCGCCUGCAACAACUCUCCAUCAAAAGGUGUCCCAAGCUUUUGGGUAAACUGCCUAGCAAUCUUCCUUGCUUAAGAAAUCUAGAUAUUGAAGAGUGCCCACAACUGGUGGUUGCAUUGAUUCCAAGCCCUAAAGAGCAAAUUGAGGUGAGGAAUACACUUUACUUUGGUUCACUUAUCUCUUUAUCUCUCGAAAAUGUUUCAAUUCUGGCUUCCUAUGGCAACCCACAAGAGGGUAAUGAAGCAGAGAAGGAAAAUGCAAUGUAUAGCCAUUUGAGCUCGUUGACUUCCCUAUCAGUUCAAAAUAUUCAGGGUCUCACGUGCCUACCCAAUUGGUUUUUUCAAGGGCUGACAGGAUUGCAAGAACUCUCUCUCUCUGGUUGUAAGGAACUUAGAUCGUUGUGGAAUAAUGAAGUCAAAAUACACCACCGUCUCUUUGCCCUCCGACGUUUGGUGAUUAAAAGAUGCCCCCUACUUAUUUCCUUGUUUAAAGAAGAAGAGGAAGGGCUUCAACAACAAAAGCAGAAUGAGGAGUUGCCUUACAUAAUGAUGCUGGAGUACUUGAAAAUAGAAGAUUGUAAAAAGUUGGAGAAGCUGCCACGAGGGCUGCACAACCUCAAAUCUCUUCGAGAGCUUAUCAUCAACAAUUGUCCAUGUCUCAUCUCUUUUCCAAAGACCGGUUUGCCGUCUACACUGAGAACACUUCGAAUUGACAAAUGCGUCGCUCUGCGGUCCCUACCUGGGUUGAUGAUGCUGAAUUGCCUCGAGAAAUUGCAGGUUUGGAAGUGUCCAUUGCUCACAUACUUAAGUUGCUCUAGAACUGGGCUACCGCCCUCUCUCAAACAGCUGGAUAUUUGGCGUUGUGAAAAUCUGAAAUCACUAAUAGCAGAGGUGGGGAUGAAAAUCAACUGUCCAUCUCUUGAAUCUGUUGAAUUAUGGCAAUGUAAAAGCCUCAAAUCCUUGCCGGAUGUGAUGCAAAAUGAUGAUUAUAAUGGUGGAUGUCUCAGGAGUCUUAGUAAAUUGUGGAUAUCAGGGUGUGAUAAUGUGGAAUCUAUUCCAGAAGAAUGGUUCAUCACAACCAAUCUGAGGGAAUUGUAUAUCAAAGGGUGUAAAAGACUCAAAGGCCUGCCACACCAUGCCUACAACAACCACCACCUCACUUCACUUCAAAUCAGCAUUGUCAGCAUGGGGAGUAAGUCCCUAUCAGUGGGAGGUUUGCACAGAUUGUCCUCUCUCAGACGACUCUUCCUUGAAGAUUAUGGUGGGGCGUCAUUUCCACCGGAAGAAGAAGAUGAUAGGAUGAUGCUGUGGUUGCCCCCUUCUCUGAUCCAACUGUAUAUCCAAGAUUUUCCAAAUAUGGAGAAGCUGUCGUGCAAGGACUUACAAAAUAUCCCCUCUCUUGAAGAACUUCGCGUCUCGAGGUGCCCCAAGCUCACGAUCAUUACAGAGCUUGGGCAGCUUCCCUCCCUUUCAGAACUGUGGAUCAAGGAUUGCCCCAACCUUGCAACAUUUUCUGCAAAGGGGCAAGGGGGGCUGCUGUUGCCUCCCUCGCUUUUGUAUUUGAGGAUCGAUGAAUGUCCGAUACUGAAACAGCGGUGUGAAUUAAUGAAGAAAGGCCAUUAUUGGCCCCUCAUUUCUAACAUUCCCCAUGUCGAGAUUGAUGGCAGAUUCAUCUUUGACAGCCCCUAGUCUUGGGAUGUGGAGACGAUCGGGUGAUUUUCUUGAGUAGCACUUUGCGACAAGAAGAAGAGAGACGGUAUUCAAUUCUUUUCAUAUGGUUUUCUUCUACUAACUUGUCAUUGGAAAUACUCUAUGUUAGGGCCUUUUUUCCCGUGAUUCAUGGAAAUGCACCAGUUUGAGAUUUUAUCACCAAAACAAGUAGAAAGUUUUGCAAAAAACUUGAUACUUGGACUUGGUUUCUUUGCUUUUCUUCUAAUGCACAACAGUUUUAGAUAGUUAACAGGAGUAGUGGAAGGGGCACAUAUUGUCUUCCAGCAGGUGCUUAAAGUCACCGAAUAGGCGAACACCUUUAUUUAUAUUCGCUUUCUUUCUGUACUUGGGUGUAUGGUUGGGUGGUUUUUGGUUUGCUUGCAUUGUUGAAGUCAUGGGAACUGAUACUAAGUAACUGUCCCAAGUUUCUACCAUCAUCAUGUUAUUUUCACUAUCGUUUCGGGGAUUGAAACAUGAGACCUUCUACUGUCGCGCAUUUUUUUAAUUGAAUAAAAAACCAUGUCUUUUGCCGGAUUUAUCCAGAAGUUGUGCUUACUUUCUCACAUUUUCAAU